AGAUCCAACUUAAAUGAAGACAAGCAAAAAUAGUGAAAAUGAACAUGUCAAUCUCGAGCAAGGAAUUCUCUAUGGAGUUUUAAAGCAGAUUCGAGCAAAUGAAGACCAGAUUUCCGAGAAGCCAACUUUAGUCAGUGUGUGGUAUUGUGAUAUUAACCCAAAAGACACUCAAAAAAUAGUAGCCCUAAUUCGAGACCAUUUGACAGAUCCGGAUCCCGUGUCAUUAACACACAUUAAGAGAUUUAUGAAAGUGAAUGAAUGCAUAAGAUCUAUUUUAUGUUCAUUGGAAUAUAUUGACGAAGGGAAACUCAUUAAUUUGAUUCAUGAACACUGCCCUGGUGUGGAAAUAAGAAGCGUCGGACUAAUUGAAGUUCCUCGAUACGCUCCACAAACCAAAGACAUUACACAAGCCUGGUCACUGAAAUAUUGGCCAUUAGCUUGGAAGGGAAAUCCAAACCACCAAUUCCUUAAUACAGUUGAGUUCGAUAUUUCCCGUGAAGAGGAAAUAGUCUCAACUCUUCUCGAUGAGCUUGAACAAUGUAUCAAGAAAAGCAAAGACAGCAGUGACUGUAGUGGUGUUCUGGCUACUUUGAUAGCAGAGAAUAUAAAUGAUUCGAUCAAAUUAAAAACUAUACAUGCAAAUACUGGAUCCAAAACACCAUACGACCAUAGUGUGAUGAAAGCAAUUUCAUCGAUUGCAAAUAAUGAAUUGCAUAGGAGGAAACAUAGUUCCCAAGAAGAUGGCGAGGGAUAUCUCUGUCAUAAUAUGAUAGUUUACACAACACAUGAACCUUGCGUCAUGUGCUGCAUGGCCCUUGUCCAUUCGAGAAUUGGCAGACUUGUGUACUUGCAAGGGACACCACCCACAGGAGGCUUGGAAUCAAACUAUCAGUUAGGGGAUAGGGAUGGGUUAAAUUGGAAAUUUCAAAUUUGGAAAUGGAUUGGCCAAAAUGAAGUACAUAGAUUGGAAUCAUUAGUGGGAAAGGAGCUGAAAGCUAUCAACUAUUGAGACCUACCUUUUGAUAUCGAAAAACUUUUUAAUUUUUGCAAUACAUUCCCGUGCUUCAUCCAUAGCAGGCUCAUAAAAAUCAUCUUUUCUGCCAUACCUUAGACUGCUUAAUUCUCCUAUUAAUAAUUUAAUUUCCUUUAUAUACUGGUCAGACUCUUCACUCAAAGACUGCUCUUGUAAAGAUAACGUAGAUGCAAGUUUUUCCAUUUGAUUAAUGAGAUUAUUCAAUUUCUUCUCUUUGACACUGCUAUUCUUUUGAAUAACCGAUGAAACUUGAUUCACAGGAAAUUUAUAAGUAUUGUUGAUAGUAUCUAUAACUUUUGAACGAAUAUUCUGCUCUUGCUGUAUUAUCAAUUGAUCGUAAAUUGCUCUAACCACGUCCUGCGGAGUUCUGGAGGGAAACUCUCUGGAAAAACUUUCAAACGAUAUAUCUGACUUAAUUUCUGUCAGUGACAUCAAGUAAUUACUCAAAAUACUAGAUGAUUCCAUGUUGAAGGUUCAAU